AUGAUGCUCUUAGGUAAAGAGGUUGAGUUUGUUAGUUCUGCUUCUCAAGAUGCUGAUGCAACUGUGAUCAUACCUUCUCAACAAGAAUCCACAAUAGUUGGGAAGAUUUCACGGCGAGGUUCGUUAGUUCGUUUCCCUAAACCGAAAGAGCUGCUUGAGACAAUGACGGUCGAAACUCAGCAGAAGCUUGUACGAGGAGCAGCGACGAGCUCCUCUCUUACAAACUCUAACCCUGCUCAAAGUAGCCGACGUAAAAGAAAGAAGUCUGAGCCCUCCUCAAGCAAACAUCUAGGCUCAGGCUCUUGA